AACAUGAGACUUGACGAGUGCUUUGUGUUCUGUGCAUACAGCGGAAUCGGAAUCAAAAUAGCCGACGUCGGAGGUUGACGCUAAGUAGCGUGUGGAGCUCUGCGAACGAGAAGCUUUUUUUUUCUGUCUAGUUCUGGAUUCUUAGAGAAUCCACGCUGGGCCUCCUCGCCCUCAUAGAGCAGUUCUUAAACUCAGAUUCAAUACCAAUGUCUUCAAGCGGUUCCACACCGGAGGUUCGAAUCCCCGCCUCUGAGGCCACGGCAAAGCUCAAGGAAAUGAAGAGCUCAAUGAUGGAAGAUGCGGAAAAAUUGAUCUUCAAGACGAUUCCUCGAAGGAUCCUCAAUUUGGAUGAGGUUCUUAAGAGUCCGGACUUCAAAAUACUGGAUCAAGAUCAGUACGGCUUGCUUGUAGAUGCUCCCGAACCCACAGGAAGGAAUGAGGUCGACGGAGCGGGGGAUUAUCAACUUGAUCCGACGGAAAAAGUCGACACGCUCCCAAUGCUACCCGGUGCUGAAAUUCGGCUGAACCAAACUCUUGAACGUCUACACAAAGUUGUGGAACCCCUCGCCGAACAACUGGUGAAUGACUGUUACCUACUGAAAAUGUGGAUCCAGUUACUGAUCCCAAAAGUCGAAGAUGGGAAUAACUUCGGGGUCGGAAUCCAGGAAUCAUGCCUCGAUCAAGUUUCCGGCGUUCAGAAGGAUUCGGCUUCGUACAUCGAUGAAGUGACUCGCUACUACCUGACGCGCGCAAAAGCCGUCUCCAAAGUGACUCGGUAUCCACGCGUUGAAGACUUCCGCCGAACCGUCUUGGAAGUUGACCAGAAGCAGUAUCUCCAUGUUACGAUGUUUGUGCGACAACUCCGGAACGAUUAUAUCCUUCUCCACGAUGUAUUGACGAAAAACAUAGGGAAAAUCCAGAAACCUCGAAACUACAACGCGGAGAAUCUCUAUUGAGAUCGCUCAUUCUUCUCUUUUGAACGAACACAUAAAGGAGGAAACGAUUUCAUGCUUGGCCACGGGAGUAUUUCAAGAAUUCUCAUCGCCGCCUGUGAUGGCUCUGAACUCUGAAGAGACGCCAUAAGUUCUCCGUCGAGCUCUGGGAACGCCCAGACUGCGUUCGGAAGUAUCACGGAGAAAUUAUCGGAGAUUCUGCAUUACUACUAGGUACUUCUGCAACAUUCCUUCUGUAACCUCCGAGAGAUUCCGAGGACGAGAGUCGGACGGAAGGAGUCAGUGUAGGCUUCGAAUCUAUUGCAUUCCUUGUAUUUGAGCGAGGAGUGAGCAUACACCGAAGAAGAAUAAAAAAUUU